AUGAACCACGGAGAAAUCGCUGAAGCCCAGUCAAGUACAAGCGCUGUAGGAGCAACACAAAAUGCAGCCGUGACCAUAAUAAAUCGACACUUAAAUAUCGGCUCAUUUCAGUUGACGAGAGACAGCAACGAUACAGCCGUUCGUUGGGCCAAAUGGAAGCAGAAUAUCGAGCGACAAUUCAGAAUUUUCGGUAUCGAAGAGCGAAGGGAGAAUUCUCAAUAUCAACGUCGCGACAAUAAAUCAGAGAGAAGAGAAACAAAAAGCCGCCAAUACUCGAAGCCAGACGACCAAAGCAACUAUAAUUAA